AUGACAUCCGUUACUCCUGCUCCUUCACAGCCCAAGCCGGCCUUCCCUCGACUUUCUUCAAUUCCCUGUGGUGACCACUUCCACUCACACGACUCCUCCUCUCCCUCGCCCUGCAGCACCCCAGACGGGUCCAGAUCGAGCAGCCAGCGUCGCCCCUCUUUCGGUUCUAUCAAAGAAGAUACCGAGGACGGAAUUGCGCAAUCGUUCGUGGACACCCAACAAGUACCAUCUCCCCAAGAGCAAGACCGAGAGCGCAAGGUUGAGCGCCCCACCCAGAUGCAACAAGCCCCGGACUUUUGCUGUCCUUGUGGUGGAUUCCUCGGGUGGAAGCAGAUUCGAUUGGGUGGGAAGAGUUUGAGCCGCAGCUACAGCGAUCUUCGUGGGCUCGGAAACCUACAAGCAAAGGGCUGGGCAUGGGAGGCCUCCGAACCUGAAGCCAUGGAGCUUCUCCCACCAAAGGCCCCCGAGGUGGAGGCCGAGGUGUUGCAGACCCCUCCCGGUACAUCACUUUUGGAGAGAUUCCCCCCAGAGGUUCUUGAUCAAAUCAUCUCUAACCUGGCGGUCGAUCUUCCACCAAAUGGCUACGCCCCUCGCAACGUGGAUUUGGUCUCGUGUCUGCUUACAUCCCACACAUUGCACGCUGCUACUUUGGGUGUCUUGUACAGGAACAUGACUUUCCCACACUCCAUCAUUUUCUCCAAGGCACUGAAUCAUAUCUCGCAGUAUCCGGCUUUGGGAACAUUGGUGCGCCGUCUGGACUUCUCACACUUCACAUCCGUCGGCCUGGGUCGCACUAAGCAGAUGAACGCCGAAAUUCAGAACUUGACUUCCAGGACCCUCUUGCAGUGCCUGGAACUGCUCCCCAAUUUGAAGGAAUGUCUGCUGCAAGAACAUCUGGAAGGCGACAUCAGCGUGGAAGUGAUCCGGAAGCUCUUCAUGGGACUGCCGAACUUGCGCGCCGUGGAUUUCUGCGGUUGCUCGACCCAAGCAUUCUCCGGCGUUUUCCAGCAGGCCUUGGUCGGUGGGCCUGCGCUGCCCAUGACCUUGCCCAACCUGAAACGGCUCUCCCUUCACGAAUGUAGCACUAUCCCCGCUCCCAUGUUCGACUACCUCCUCCCGCGAUUGAUCAACUUAACGCACCUCGACCUUACUCACACUCAAGUUAACGAUUCAGCUCUCGUCGCCAUCCCCGAGACUGCCCGUAUCUCGCACUUGAGCUUGUCCCGAUGCACGCGCCUCCGCCCGUGCGCCCUGGUUAACUUCCUGACCACCCACCCGUCGGUCAAUGAGUCUCUCGUGUAUCUGAACCUGUUGACGGACCCGACCCGCUUCCGUCUUCUGGAAGAGACCGAUGUGUCUGCUCUGCUGCCGAAUCUUCCCGAUACUCUUCGCUCCCUCAACCUAGGCGGAGCGAAGAUCACCUCGGACCAUGUACCACUCUUGGUACCUCUGACUAAGUACCUGGAGGAGCUGGGUCUCAGCUCUGCGGAUCUCUCAGUCGCGGACGUGAACUCGUUCUUCGGCCGGUACCGCAACCCAGCCACAGGGGUGGAAAUCGAUGCCCCCAGCACUCUCUGCUACCUUGAUCUUGCCAAGGUGCCGCAGAUGACCAUCGGCGCCAUCUUCAACACCAGCACUUGUAUGCUGCUCUCGAACCAAAGCUACCCCUUGCAGGUCGUUGAGUUCAGUGACAAGAUUAUCACCCCGCUGCGUGAGCGUGCCAAGACUCAGCGCAUCUCCGUUGGCUGGACUGUGCGAGACCUCGGCCGCCGUGGCUGGUACGUCCGCGAGCCAUCCUCCGUGCCCCACGAACUCUCCGACGAUGGCGCUCGCUACUGGAAGAUGGGUGCGCGCUGGUGGGGUAUGCGCAAGAUCCCUAUGGCCGUCGGUGAGGUCGGCGGCCUCUAUGGCCACUACAUGUUCAAAAAAUGA